AUGGACAUCUUAGUCGAAGAUGCGCUGGUAUCGAUACGAAAUAAUGGAAACUAUGUUUGCCAUCAAAGCGAGGUAGGGAGAAGGCUUGUUCAGUUCUAUGAAGCUGGCCUACCCAUCUUGACGCCAUAUGGUUUUGAGUUUCUCGCGCAGAACAGCUUAGAUAACCGCGAACUUCGCACCAUCGCUGAACAAAUACUCGGCCAGCCUUACUGGACAUUUAACAAGGGCUACAGAAACAUUCUUCCUCGUGGUUAUACUUUCUCUUUCCAUUCGGGACCUACGUUACGGUCGCUUGUUUUCCAACUAUGCAGCCCAGGCUCAACUGUUGUCCUUCGCGAAAGAUCGCAUUUACAUACGUUUGAAGAGGAAGAUAUCGACAAGAAGGUGUCGAAAGAAUGGGGUUUGAUCGCAGUGCAUGAUUCGUGUUUAGAGAAUCUAGAUAUGCCAGAGCGACAGAUUACACUCGAAGAGGGCGGAUUGUAA